GUCCAAAUAAGCAGUCCUUCCAUCUUCCCUUUUUGUUGUUCCUUUUUUCUUUUUCCAAGCCCUAGCAAGAUUCUCACAGUGCAUUGAAGCGGCGAUGAAUGACCAGAUCUGUAACUGAAGCGGCGAGGAGCGGCACAGAUUGUACCGGCGAGGAGCGGCACAGAUUGUACUGGCAAGGAGUUGGCUUACCGGUGAGAAGUGUGUUCAAUUUGCUUUACCUCUUCAAGCAAACCACGUUUUUGAAGAAACUUAAUCUCAAUCAAAUCUCAAAAACACCUAUAUCAGGAGGAAUACAUGACGUGCAUCUAUUGGUCGUAAGUAAAAUCGUGUGCAGUAGCAUCACGUUUGCAAACCAAUGACAGAGCAAACACUUGUUCUCAUCAAUAAAUAUCAAGAGGACUAGGAUAUGCAUCUGUCACAUAAUUAAGACAUACAGGGUGUGUUGAAGAUAGUAAUAGAGGAAAUAUGGCGCUAAGCUUAGCACCCCAGAUGGCAGAUGAAAAGGUGUUCGAGGGAGAAGGUGGAUCAUACCAUAGUUGGUCACCUUCCAACUUUCCAUUGCUUGGUGAGGCUAAGGUUGGUGCAGGUGUUCUCAUGUUGCAUCCUCGUGGUUUUGCUCUACCUCACUAUGCAGAUUCCUCCAAGAUUGCCUUUGUUCUUCAAGGUACCUGCACUGUUGGAAUGGCGUCUCCCAACACAUCAGAAGAAACUGUCGUGAUGGUUAAAAAUGGAGAUGCAUUCCCAGUGGAAAUUGGAGUAGUCUCAUGGUGGUUCAACGGCGGAGACACCGACAUGGUUAUCGUGUUCCUGGGAGAAACUUCCAAGGCUCACACUCCGGGGUCAUUCACCUAUUUCUUUCUCACCGGCACUCUAGGCAUUCUGGGAGGUUUCUCACCCGAAUUCGUUAGCAAGGCUUAUGAUUUGAAUGAAGAAGAAACGAAAAAGCUGGUGAAAACCCAAGCAGGUUCUUUGAUAGUCAGGCUUAAAGAAGGAAUAGCCAUGCCUAAACCAUGCAAGAACGCUAGUGAUGGAAAGCUCGUGUUCGGCUUUGAGAAUGCAUCGCCUGGUGUUAAGGUCAAGAAUGGCGGAUUGGUGACAACUAUGACCGCGGCAAGACUUCCUUUGCUCGGAAAAGUUGGACUUAGUGCCAAUGUGGUGAAGUUGGAUGCCAAUGCCAUGUCCUCGCCAAUGUACACCACGGAUUCAUCUGUACAAUUAACUUAUAUUGUGAAGGGAAGUGGUAGAGUUCAAAUUGUGGGUAUUAACGGACAAGGCGCAUUGGAUGCAAAAGUAGAGGCUGGUCACUUGUUCGUCGUGCCCAGAUUUUUUCCGGUCACUCAUGUUGCAGAUGGAGAGGGAAUGGAGUUUUUCACCGUUAUAACAUCUCCAGAGCCUGUAUUUGAGAAGUUAUCUGGGAACACAUCAGUUUGGAAAGCCAUGGCUCCAAUAGUUCUUGAAGCUGCUCUUAAUGAGACUCCAGAAUUUGUGAAACUCUUCAAUUCCAAGAUUAAAACGAGCACAGUUCUUAUCCCUCCAGGGAAUUAAUAUUUGACAAGUUAAUUACAUUAUUACCACUUCAGUCAUUGUUGUUGAAGUUUUCAAUGUUGUGGCAGUUUUUAAAUAUUAUUUGAAAAAACAAUGAAAUAACGUAAUUGCUCAGCAUAUAUCCUGUUGUUUUUGUUGUUUCUA